CUUCCUCUCUCUUCUUCCUCCUCGUCCUCUUCAGAUCAAGAAACCGUGUCCUAGAAACCAUCGAGAUCGGCCUUCCGACCCCUCGGAUCGUCCAAAGACGGCGGCUUUCAGAGCGGUCCGUGCUCUUUCCGGCACGACGGGCGAAUCGGUUUGCGGAUCGGGCGGGUCUCUUUUUCUGGUUGCCGGCGAGCCGGCGGCGGCGUUCGUCCUUGGAUCGGGAGUAGUUUGGCUUGUUGAGGUGCGGAGAUGGUGGCUGAGGCGGAGGUGAUGCAUCAGGCGCCCGUGCCGGUGCUGGAGGUCCAGUACCACCGGUGCGUGACCAAGGGGGUCGACGAGGUCGUCGGGAUGUCCGCGGCGGCGGCGGCUGUGGCUGCGCCGGCGGAGGUUGAGGUUGAGGUCGAGGUCGCCGUCGAGGUGUCUCGCAUGGGGCUGGAGCAACCUGAAGCAGCACCAAGUGUGUCUGUGGAGAUGCUACAGUUUGUGCCCAAUAUCCGGUCUGGUAGUUUUUCGGAUAUUGGGCCUAGGAGAUACAUGGAAGAUGAACAUAUCCGGAUAGAUGAUCUUUCUGCUCAUCUUGGCUCGCUGUUGGUCUGCCCGUUGCCGAGCGCCUUCUAUGGAGUUUUUGAUGGCCAUGGAGGUCCGGAUGCUGCAGCCUACAUGAAAAGGCAUGCCAUGAGGUUCUUGUUCGAGGACAGUGAGUUCCCACAAGCAUCGCGGGUUGAUGAGAUGUACCUUCAGUCUGUUGAGAACUCUGUUCGCAGAGCUUUCCUGCAGGCGGAUCUUGCUCUGGCUGAUGAUUUGGAUAUCAGCCGCUCUUCUGGAACCACUGCACUCGCUGCAUUAGUAUUUGGGAGGCAACUGUUGGUUGCAAAUGCUGGAGACUGCCGAGCAGUCCUGUGCCGGAAAGGCAUAGCCAUGGAGAUGUCUCGGGAUCACAGGGCUAAUUACAUUGAGGAGUGUGAAAGGGUUGCCGCGUCCGGGGGAUUCAUUGAGGACGGCUACCUCAACGGUGUCCUUUCUGUGACCCGGGCCCUCGGGGACUGGGACAUGAAGACUCCUGAUGCUUCGGCAUCCCCGCUCAUUGCGGAGCCAGAGUUCCGACAGGCCACUCUCACUGAGGAGGACGAGUUCCUCAUCAUGGGCUGUGAUGGGAUCUGGGACGUGAUGACGAGCCAGCAUGCCGUGAGCCUGGUGCGCAGGGGUCUGCGGCAGCAUGACGACCCCGCGCGGUGUGCGAGGGAGCUUGUCAUGGAGGCGAAGCGGCUAGAGACAGCUGACAAUCUGACCGUUAUUGUCGUCUGCUUCGUGUCGGAGCUGGGCGCGCAGCAGCAGGAGCAGCUGGCGAGGCCAAGGAGCUGCAAGAGCCUGUCGACCGAGGCACUGUGCAACCUGAGGAGCUGGCUUGAGACCGACCACCGCUAGACUGAAGAGGGUUGGGGCUGAGGACUGAGGAGGGGGAAGGAUUGAUUCGGGAUGUGUAAAUACAACUCGCUGACAACACUGAUUGACGGAUCAUGAGCGCCGGGUUCUAGCUUCCACUUGUUGAGAGGCUGCUGCGGAGUAGGCAGGUCAGCUGCAGCAGCAGCCAGCAGUUUUGUAGGUUAUUUUUCAUUCUGUUCUCUCGCUCUUUUUUUUUUACCCUUUCGCUAGUUGUCGAUGCUAUUGUUUAACACUCCUCUCUGUUGUACAUAUAUCUAUUGAAGUUGAUGCCAUCUGUUUGUGCUUCACUUGCUACUACCUGGUACAUGUUGUUUCUGUUGUAAUGGGGGGAGUGCAGCAAAAAUGUCAUUGCUCAUGUCAGCCGCGAACUUGAGGAGCCAAUAAUGAAUUGUGAAUUCAUCAUA